AUGGAUCUCGAUAAUCUUUGGGCAGGUCGUUUUAUAAGUGAAGCAACUAAAUUUGGUGCUGCUUUGGGACCACAGGUUGGUUUAGAACGAGAACGUAAUAACUUGGAGGCUUAUUGGAACAAAGUGAUUGAUGCAUGCAAAAUAAAACAAAACAUCUUGGCCUAUGAAAAAGAAAAAGAGCGCAUUCAGCUUGAACAUUUGCGCAAACUUAAUGAAAUCGAUAAAAAAAUAGAAACUGAGAAUAUCGAAUUAAUUAGAAAUUCAAAUAAAUGGAAGGAUGGGAAUUCG